CUUCCUGUGGAGGUCUGUGAACGAAUCAUUGACCACAUAGCCACGGGACCAUAUCUGACCACUCUCACAUCCUGUGCACUGGUAUGCCGAGACUGGUAUUACCUGACGUGGUACCAUCUUCGUCAACGCAUCCAUCUACGAGACCGGAAGGACGUCCUCUUGCUUUCCAAGACGCUCCACGCAAAACCUCGCCUCCGUGAGGUCGUUCAACAGGUCGUCAUAUCAGGUGCUUCUCCCGGGAAGCGUCAACCAAUCCGGCACCUGGGGACGUUUGCCGCUAUGCUCGCGGGCAAGGCUCCGAAGUUGUCGAGGAUCAGCAUUGAAGACGCUGAGUGGACCAUCGGCUCGGUCCGCAUGGAGGACAUCGGUUACCUGACUGCGUUCAGCUGCAUUGACACUCUUUACAUUGUCAGUGUGACCUUGUCGAGCGUCGCCCAGCUGUCCCACCUUGUUUCAGCGCUCCCGCGGCUUAGGAAUCUAUGGUGC